GAGGCUCCGCCCCACAGCGGCGCGGCACUGCCGGUUGCUGCGUCUGCGCAGUGCGUGCGAAGGCUGAGGGGGCGGAGGCAGCGGCCCUGCUGGGAGUUACCGCACAGGGCGCUUUCCCGCACGCUUCCGCCUGCCACCACGCACAGUGCCCGGCCUUUGAGGACGAAGAUGCUGCGAGUCUGUCAGCGAGCGGGGGCCGCGGCAGCCGCCCAGAACUGCCUAUGUGGUAAAUAUUCACUCCGUCCGUUACAACUGUGCCGCAGAUAUGCUACAUCAGGACAGUCUGGUGUUUCUGCAGGCAAAAUUAUUGGGGCAAGUGUCUUGUUUGUUGGCGGAGGAGUUGGUGGAACUGUUCUGUAUGCUAAUUAUGAUCCACGUUUCCGAGAGAACGUAGAGAAGACCCUCCCAUACUCGGAUAAACUCUUUGAAAUGGCACUUGGUCCUGCCCCUUAUAAUGUGCCAAUGCCAAAAAAACCGAAAGAAAAGGCCUCCUGGCCAGGCAUAGAUGAUGAAAAGCGUUCCUGGCCACUGCUGCUAUCUGAGCUUUCAGAAGCAGAAGAGUUAACGAAAGACUCCAAACAGCCCAGUACCAGAUCGCAGAAGAGUAAGACAGAAGCUCCUUCAACGUUAGUGGAAGAAAAAGGAGCAAGCUCAGAAGUAGCUCAAAUAAUUUCUGCAACAGGUGAAGCUUUGUCAAUACCAGCUCCAGGCAUGCAGGAUGACAAAGGUGAGAAAGAUCACGUACAAGGACACCAUGAAGGGAAACACAAACCUGCUGCAUCAGGUGAGGAAUGUGUGGGUGGAGACUCCCCUGCCAUAAAAGAACGGCCACCAGAGGAAGUUGCAGCCCGUCUUGCACAGCAAGACAAAGAGGAACAAGAGAAGAUUUCAUCUCUUGCAGCAGCUUUGGAAGGAGCCCUAAGCAGUACUGCUCGAGUAACCCUUCAGGCAAUUACUGCCCAGGAAGCUGCAGUGCAAGCUGUUAAUACUCAUGCUCAGAUACUGAAGGAGGCUAUGGAUAAUUCUGAGACUUCAGGAGAGAGAAAAUCUGCUCAGUGGCGGACCUUGGAGGAAGCAUUGAAAGAUCGCAGGAAGGCUGUGGAUGAAGCUGCUGAUGCCCUUCUGAAAGCCAAAGAAAAAUUAGAGAAAAUGAAGGGUGUGAUUGAUGAUGCCAAGAAGUCUCAGAUCGCUGGAACUAAAUCUCACAUUCUUGCAGCAGAAGAGAAUCUUCAUCAUAUGAUAAUUGACCUGGACAAUGAAGUAAAAAAGGUUCAGGCAGCACAAUCUGAGGCUAAGAUAGUAGCUCAGUACCAUGAACUUGUGGCGAAAGCGAAGGAUGAAUUUCAGCGAGAACUGGAUAGUAUCACUCCAGAAAUACAAACUGGCUGGAAGGGGCUCAAGAUAACUGAUUUAGCUGGUCAGCUGUCUACAGAUGAUUUAAAUUCUCUCAUUGCCCAUGCUCAUCGUCGUAUUGACCAGCUCAACAGUGAACUGGCCGAUCAGAGAGUGAGAGAACAGCAGCACAUUGAGGCAGCCCUGGAAAAGCAAAAACUGGAAGAUAAGAGAGCACUUGAGACAGCAGUGGCAAAAGCACUAGAGCAUCGCAAAAGCGAGAUCCAGAUCGACCAGGACAAAAAGAUAGAAGAAGUCCGAGAAGUAAUGGAGAGUGAAAUGAGGACCCAGCUCCGCAGGCAGGCAGCUGCUCACACCGAUCACCUGAGAGAGGUUCUGAAGAUCCAAGAACAGGAACUCAAGCUGGAGUUUCAGCAGAGCUUGUCUGAGAAGCUCAAUGAACAGGAAAUGCAAUUCAAACGCCUUACUCAGGAACAACUUGACAACUUCACUUUGGAUAUCAACACAGCCUAUGCCCGGCUGAAAGGAAUUGAGCAGGCAGUAGAGAGCCACGCAGUUGCUGAAGAAGAAGCCAGAAAGGCACAUCAGUUGUGGCUUUCAGUUGAGGCUUUAAAAUACAGUCUGAAGACGGCAUCUGGGGAUAGUCCCACUGAGCCACUGGAGUGCGCAGUUGAGGCCAUCAAAGCCAAUUGUUCUGACAAUGCAUUUACCGAAGCCUUAGUGGCAGCUCUCCCCCAAGAAUCUUUGACCCGGGGAGUCUAUAGUGAAGAAGCACUCAGGGCACGUUUCUGCACAGUCCAAAAACUGGCAAAAAGAGUGGCCAUGAUCGAUGAAACCAGAAACAGCUUGUAUCAGUACUUGCUCUCUUACCUACAGUCGCUUCUCCUGUUUCAUCCUCCGCAACUGAAACCACCUGCUGAGCUCAGCCCUGAAGAUCUGGACACAUUUAAAUUACUAUCCUAUGCUUCAUAUUGCAUUGAACAUGGAGAUCUGGAGCUGGCAGCUAAAUUUGUCAACCAGCUGAAAGGGGAGUCUAGGAGAGUGGCACAGGAUUGGCUGACUGAAGCUCGAAUGACCCUGGAAACGAAACAAGUAGUAGAUAUCCUGACUGCAUAUGCCAGUGCAGUGGGAUUAGGAACAACUCAAAUGGAUUGAUCUAAGCUAGGGAUCUAUACUAUACUUGUGGAAGCAGCCUAAUGCAGAAUUGUUUAAGUGCUGGGAAAAAAUCAAAUGAUCUGUAAAGGGUUUGCAAACCAGGACCUUGGAAGGGGUAUAAAUGAGUUAUGUCACAAACCACAGGUACCGUCCUGUUUCCUUGCACUGAGCUGACUCUCACCACUUGUUAUAUUUGUCUUGGUUUCAGUCGUUAUCAUGACAGGAAACACCAGGAUGCUUUCUCUGCAACUUGUGUAGCCAUUUUCCAAGUUGUACUGAUUUGGCUUGUGAUCCAGCCAAAAUGUUUGUAACCCACCAUUAUUGAUUUGCCAGUUGGUGCCGUUGAAUAAAACAAGAUGUAAAACCCA